GCGCUCUGCCGAGUUGCAGAGGGGAAGAUGGCGGGCACCAGCUCGGUUGCUGGAGAGGUGUUUGUGGACGCUUUGCCUUAUUUUGAUCAGGGAUAUGACGCUGCUGGCGUGCGAGAGGCGGCGGCCGCACUCGUGGAAGAGGAGACGCGACGAUACAGACCCACGAAGAAUUACCUCAGUUACCUGCCCACGCCUGACUUCUCUACCUUCGAGACAGAAAUCAUGCGCAAUGAGUUUGAGAGGCUAGCGGCCAGGCAGCCUAUGGAACUCCUGGGCAUGAAGAGGUAUGAAUUGCCGGCCCCCUCGUCGGGACAGAAGAAUGACAUCACGGCGUGGCAGGACUGCGUGAACAACUCGAUGGCACAGCUUGAGCACCAGGCGGUGCGCAUUGAGAACCUGGAACUCAUGUCUCAGUACGGCAGCAACAGCUGGAAGCUGUAUAACGAAAACCUGAUGCACAUGAUCGAGCUGUCGCAGAAGGAGCUACAGAGGGUCAGGAAGGAGAUUCAAGACCUGAACUGGCAGAGGAAAAAUGACCAGAUGAAAGGUGGAGCCAAACUACGAGAGCUGGAGUCCAACUGGGUGUCACUGGUCAGCAAGAACUACGAGAUCGAGAGAGCCAUAGUGCAGCUGGAGAACGAGCUCUGCCAGCUGAACCAGCAGCACGGGGACGAGAACAAGGAGAACAUCCGGCAGGACUUCUGAGCGGAGAGAGGGAGGGAGGGCACCUCAACACACGGGGGGCAAGCACUUUGCAUGUGCUGCUGGACCACACGCCUCCCCACUCUGCUGAUAGAGCAGGAUUGUAGACAGCAACAGCAUAGAGUUCAUUUGCACCUUGCAGCUUGUGUGUUAAUACCACAGCCCCCCCUAUCUUGGUGGGACUGAAGGCUUUAAUAAACAUGGUACAGUUGUGCAGAAGUGUGACUAACAUCCACCCCCGUGGCUUCAGGCACAGUCCCUCUUUUCUAGCAGUUUGACAGACCCUGAUCAGCACUGGUCUUCCCUCAGGUCAGUGGUGGAGGGGCAGGGAGGGGUCUGUUGGUUGUCAGCCUCCUAGUUCUAGCGGUAACACCCCAGCCUACAGUGGAACUAUCUUUUAGCGGCACUACAGGCUAAACAAGAUGAAUUUUAUAACCGUCCCCCCCCAUCUCUGUCACUUUUAUACUAUGAGUUAUCCUAGUGCCGUUGCUUUUUAUUAUAUAAGUUUUCUGAAUAUCCAGGAAAGAGAAAGUAUAGCACACCUUUAUCAUCACUGUAUGUUAGUUGCUUUUCUAGAAGGUCUUUAAAUAAAGUUUUUUUUAAGCUU